CACAUAUGUAAUCAAAUAAUAGCAAUUAAAAUUCACCUAAAUUCAUUAGUACAUUGUCCAUCAUGGCGGAACACCGUGCAACUAAGAGGCGAAUGAAACAACACCCCCAUGGACACGGAUCAAGGCCAAGGUUUGAGAAGACAAUGGAAGGAGUGAGUGAUGAACUCAUAUUCGAGAUGGCGGAGACGAUUGGAGAUAAUCAAAAAUUACCGAAGCUAGCUUCGAAACUUGGUUUUAAAGAUGCGGGUGCUGAAAAAUUUGUGAAGAUGAACCGGAUGAAUGGCAUAGUAUCUUCCGAAGGAACAAGAAAGAUGUUUUGCGAAUGGAGGGAAGACACACCUGUGACUGAACAACUCACCACAUUAGAGGCAGCCCUCGUAGACGCAGAUCUUGCUGGGAUAGCUGACAAAUUUUCAAGCAUGGUAGAAGGAAAAGCAAGGAACGAACCUAGUUUCCCCAUGGAGAUUUCAAGCUGGCCAGUCAGUGAUGAAUUUCCAGAAGGGGGUAAGUUUGGAUCUUAA